AUGUCAUCGACACUGGCGGAUCCGUAUCGAGCCCUAACGACCCCUUAUCCUCAUCAUGCCAACGGCAAAGCCGUUGACAAUGAUGAUCUGAUCGCCUACGGUGCGCCUCAAUCGUUGCGUUCGGAUAGGGCGACCGAUAUUCACUUUCACUCUGAUAACCACCCCCAGUCAUCCUUUGGUUGCAAUCCACAAGCCAGAGUAGCGAGAAUUUCCCACUCUCCAUCAACCGUACACCACGACCCUCAAUCAGCCUAUAUCGCAUCUAACCGACUUCCCCGCCAGCUUCCCGCCCAUUACAGUGCUCACGGGUACUCCCCACCGCAAGACAGCCGGAAGCAAGCUCGGUCCGAGGAGCAUGAAGACGACGACAGCCGUGAAUUGAAUCACAACAUGGGAAUCCGCCAGAACAUGCACGCUCUCCCCAUGGACGGGCCCGGGCCGGCUGCGUCUCCCGACAUGCUGUUCCCCGUGUACAGCGACCCGUCGCCGUCGCAUGCGCCUUCGACACACAAGUUUGCUUCGCCAACCUCCUUCCCUCUCCCCCAACACCAUCACCACCAUCGCCUACCUUCACACGCGUCGCUGCAGACUGGUCAUGUCCAUGGCUCUGCGUCACCCCCUUUACCAAUCGGCCCUCCCAGUGUCGUGGGCCAGCCGGGAAUGCCCGAUCCUGCGCCUCGGCCUCGAGGCCCUAAACUCAAGUUCACACCGGAGGACGAUGCGCUCCUUGUAGAACUCAAGGAGAAUAAAAACCUGACCUGGAAGCAGAUUGCUGACUUUUUCCCGGGCCGGACGAGCGGGACGCUACAGGUCCGCUACUGUACUAAGCUUAAGGCCAAGGAUGUGAUCUGGAACGAUGACAUGUUGCAACGGCUGCAGCGGGCGAUGGAGGAGUAUGAAAAGGACCGCUGGCGGAUUAUUGCGGGCAAGGUUGGGCAUGGAUUUACCCCGGCAGCAUGCCGGGAGCGAGCCUUGAACAUGGGAUGA